UUAAAUCACUUGAAAUAAAUAAUGGGUGUAGAAAUGGAAACUAACGAGACGGGCGUGGAGCUCACGGAGGCGGAGAACGAGCUGUAUGACAGACAAAUCCGUCUCUGGGGACUGGAAUCCCAAAAGCGCCUGCGCACGGCCAGAAUCCUGAUCGCCGGGCUGAAUGGCCUGGGUGCCGAGAUAACCAAGAACAUUAUCCUGUCCGGAGUUAACUCCGUUAAGCUAUUAGACGAUAAACCAGUCACCGAGGCGGACUUUUGCUCGCAGUUCCUGGCCGCACGUGAGUCCCUGAACAGCAACCGCGCCGAGGCUUCCUUGGUGCGGGCGCGUGCUCUCAAUCCCAUGGUGGACAUCUCAGCCGACAAGGAACCCCUGAAGGAGAAGACCUCCGAGUUCUUCGGCCAGUUCGACGUCGUGGUGGUCAAUGGCGAGUCCAACGAGGAGCUGCUGCGCAUCGACACCAUUUGCCGGGAGCUGGGCGUCAAGUUUAUAGCCACCGAUGUCUGGGGCACGUUUGGAUUCUACUUUGCCAGCCUCCAGAAACACAGCUAUGUCGAGGAUGUGAUCAAACACAAGCUCGUUUCCAAUCCGGACAAGAAAAAGAAGUAUGAAACCGUGUCCAUUCCCACACAGCGCGAACUGGAUUAUCCCGGCUACUCAGCCUGGCUUGAUUUCGAUGUUUCGGCGCCAAGUUAUUCGCGCACACUGAAACGCAACGGACCGGGCGUUUUGCUGCUGAGUGUUCUGCAAAAGUUCCGGACCACCCAGCAGCGCGAUCCAAGCUACAAGACCAGAGAGGCGGACCUGGAGCUGCUCCGCGGCAUUCGCGACGAACUGUUGCCGAACUCGGGCUUGGGUGACGAAGCUUUGGGCCUGAUCUUUGCGCAGAUCUCUCCAGCCGUGGCCGUAGUUGGCGGCGUCGUGGCCCAAGAAGUUAUCAAGGUGGUUACCAAAAUGGAAGCGCCGCACCGUAAUCUCUUCGUAUUCGACCCCGAGACUUGUGCAGGAUACAUCGAGACCAUCGAAGCAAAGUAAACCACUCCACCAAGAUCCUCUAUUAAAUAUCUGAACUUCAACUAACA